AUGGCAGCCCCCAUCAUCAACACUUUGACUGCGAACUUCACUAGACUUGGAUUGACAGCUAAGACAUCCUCGAUAGUGUCCAAUACAUUGCAGUUCAACAGAUGCUUUAGGACGCAGACACACCCCCUUUUCUUCACGACAACUGACCAUCUACAGAAGAAACAACCAAUACAUAUUUUUAAUAAAAGGAGAUUAAAAAGGAAAAAACAGAUAGAAAAAACCCUUGCCAAAAUGGACAGAAGAGCAAUCCUCCUCAAAGCCCCCAUCAAAGAGCAAAUGGUUGAGAUCAAACUGGAGGAAGAAGCAACUACAUUAAGAAAACGAGAACCAUCCAUUUCCCCAGCAGAAAGGAAAAAAGAAAUAAAAAAAUUUGUACGUGAAUGGGAAUCUUACUGUGCAGCAUUUUUGAGUCAUGAAACACAUUUGAUAAAACAACGAUUAUUGUCACAACAAAGAGCCUUGGAGGAGUUACGACAGGAGUCAGAAGACUUGUACCAACAGGCAAUCGCAAUAGAUGAAGAUCUGUACCAUUUCAAAGUGAAGAGAAUGACAGAGACGCCACCUAUCCCUGGAUUCCAGCCCAUUGAUGGGGAAUACAAUGAUAUUUCUAUUAAAUACGACUGAUUGAUGCGACGGGCGGCCAUUGAAGGAUCAGUUUGUGAUAAUAACUAGAGAUACUGAUGUCCAAUUUGAGAAACACUGAUAACCACAUUAUGUUCUGGAUUUUUAUUAAACAUGGAUGUUUUGAAAA